AUGGCUGUAAUGCGGGCAGCAGCGCUGGCUCCCUCCACCGCGGCGCUGCUGGCGGGUGUCACCCUGCUGCUGCUGCUGCCAAGUGCCGCCACCGCCGCCUACAGCAGCUUGUGGGGCAGGAAUGGCGAACUGUGGGACCCUGCCGGCCCGCUGCCAGACUUUAGCUACGCAGGCUACAAGCAGGGCAACGAGCCGCUUCCCAACCCGCCGGUGACACGGUCUGUGCUCAAGUUCAAACGGCCGGGCAUGAGCGACACGCAGAUGUUCCAGGCGGCCCUCGCAUGGGCCCACAAGCGCUCGCUGACCAACAAGUUUAUUGUGUUGUCCAUCCCCGCCGGCCGCUUCACCCUGACGCAGCGCCUGUUCAUCAGGCGCUCGCGGCUGGUGCUACGCGGCGCGGGCGCCGGCAAGACCACGCUGUACAUCCCCAAGAGCCUAAUCGACAUCUACGGCCCCAAUCCGGAGUCCGGCACUGGCGGCUACGUGAACACCGAUGGCUUCAUCACAAUCGAAGGCACCAGCAGGAUUGGUGAUGAGGCCGCGCGGGUCAUCAAGUUUGCUGCCAAGGGCGACGUGUGGGUCCGGGUGGACCGCCCGUCUGCCCUCAAAGUGGGCGAGUACUAUGACAUGUGGUUUACGGAUGUGGCGGGCAAAUUCAACAACCUCAUGUUUAACAAUAAGUGGGUGGCCCCUGCCCAGUACAAGGGCAACACGCGGGUCAAAUUCACUACCAAGAUCCUGGCCGUCCGUGGCGACCGGGUCAAGAUUGAGCGGCACCUGCCGUAUGAGAUCCGCUCCAAAAUGAACAUUGUCAAGUUCCACAAGCGGCCCAACACUGUGUUCGAGAGCGGGGUGGAGGGCAUCACCUUUUCCUUCAAGUGGUCGUGGUAUGCGGGGCACCACGUGGAGGAUGGCUGGAACGCAAUUUACAUCAGCGAGGCGUACAACUGCUGGGUCCGCAACAUUGCCACCAUCAACGCCGACAGCACAGUUCUGAUCAACGGCAAGUGCCCUGCCACGUGCCAACAAGGGCUGCAGACAGUGCACCAGACAGUGCAGCCUGCGGGCAGCGCCUGCUUCUGCACGCAGCACCGCGCUGCCCAGGGCUGUGCAGCGCGCGCUCAGCCUGCUCCCGUCGCUGCCGCUGUCGCAGGCGCGUCUGCGCUGACGGUGUCCGGCAUCAGGAUUUCGGCCAGCAAGACGCGGGCCAACAACAUCCCCAACAAGUGGAACGAGCGCGCGGAUGCCGACGGGCACUGGGGCGUGCAGCACACCCACAGCUUUGACGUCUUGGUCACCAACUUUGUGAUCACCUGCUCCCUCCUGCACGACGUGGGCACCGGCAGCUCGGGCAAGUUUGGCGUGUACAUGAACGGCAGGAUGGCAGGUGAGGGCCCCUAG